AUGGCAGUGGACUAUACCGAGAGUUUCGUCCUGCUGGGGCUUGGGCUGUUCUUCAUCCUCGUCCGUGUUUAUGUGCGAUGGACCCAGGUUGGGCCGUCCAACUUCCAGCUCGAUGACUAUUUCAUGCCGUUGGCAGGAAUAGUCUUCGCAAUCGAAGUGUCCCUGGCCUACCUUGUCGGCGCCCGAUAUGGCGGCUUCACCAACAGCUACAUGACGGACGAAGCGCGCGCCGCGCUCGAUCCCAACUCGGAAGAAUACCAGUUCCGCAUCAUGGGGUCCAAGAUCCAGGUCGCAGGAUGGAACCUGUACGCAAUGGUCCUCUGGCUGAUCAAAGGGUCUCUGGCGGUGUUCUACUCUCGACUCACAACCGGUCUGAGCCACCUUCCAGCACGAGUGCGCUUCGCAUACAUCCUUCUCGGAGUCACCUAUCUCGGGGUGGCAUUGACCCUCAUACUCAGCUGCCAGCCCAUGCACAAGUUCUGGCAGAUUAGUCCGGACCCGGGGAAUAUCUGCCAACCCGCCCGCUCAAUGGUCUACGUCCUCGUUGUCAUGGUCCCCAACGUCCUAACAGACAUCUACCUCCUCUCCAUCCCCCUCCCACUCCUCUGGGCCGUGCGCAUCGGUAUGCGCCGCAAAAUCACCCUGAUGGCCCUCUUCAGCGGCGCCAUCUUCGUCGCCGUCGCUGCCAUUGUCCGUGCCGUGAUUAUCAUAGUCGCCGGCUCCAACGGCGCCGUGGAAGGCAGCAAAUGGGCGUGCCGCGAAUCCUUCGUCUCCAUCAUCGUCGCCAACCUCCCCAUCGUCCAGCCCCUCAUCCGCCGGGGCGCAAGCAAGAUCGGUCUCUCGGCGCUCUUCAGCAACAGCGGGCCAAGCAGCUACGGACGCGGUCCGUCGGGUGGCCGGCGGCGCGAGGGCGACUACCCGCUUGCCUCACAGGAGGUCGGGACUGGGAAAUCGAGAACGGGCACGGAGACGGGCGGUGGGUGGAAGAGUCGGCGGCUAAGGGGGUUUGGGUCGACGGUGCAUCAUUCGACGGCGAUGGGGAGUGAUGAGGAGAUUCUGUUUGAGGGGGGGAGGAAUGGGAAGGGGAAGGGGAAUAAUCAGAUUACGGUUACGCAUGAGACUGUGAUUGAGCGUGAGGAGUCUAGUCCGACGGGGUCGCCGACGAGGAAUGAACAUGGGCAUGGGCAGGAGUCGGUGUCUGGAGCGAAUGGGGGUGCGUGGGAUGGACGAGGGAGGAGGGGGUAG